AUGAUAUGUAGUUCCUGGCUUGCUUUGACUGACUUAUCAAAACAUAACAUUGAACACGGUCAAGGGAUAUUUAACAUAGUUAACUCUUUGAAUACUGAAUGGGUUAUAUUUACCGUCUAUAUAGUUAAACUGUUUCAUUUACAUAACAACAUAAUAACAAUCUCUUUACUUUAUUUGUUUGUUUAUAUGUUAAGUUACUAUAAUAAGUUACUAAAGUCACGGGAUUAUGACGUAGUGGAAAUUCUCGUCUUUUUUUUUUGUUUAAACCUAAUUAUAUAUCGUUAUAUCUUAUCAGAUACUUUAGUAACUAAUGAUAAUGUUUAA